AUCCGCCCGGCCUGGCAGCGCGAAACUGACCGUUACAAACUCAGCCCGCUGACCCGUGACACGCGCUCGCGGGAGAGGCGGGAGAGGCGCGAGGAGGGGGCGCGUGAACGCGCGCAGCGAAGGCAGAGCCGCGUGCGCGACGCUCAGGUACGCGGCUGGAAGAUGCCGGAGAGCCUUCGUGGAAACUGUGAACAUUUUGUGACACUGACAGGAAUAAGGACGCAACGAAGCGCGCUUUUGUACCGCGGAAUGAGAAGGCGGUGUGUGGAAAACGGCACUUUGUGUGACAUCUUUAAUAAGGCACGAAUUGCAGUUUUUUCAUUCCGUCGUCGUCGUGUUCUUUUCCCUCCCGCCUCGACGACGACGGAGUUUCGUGUCUGCGCCUCGGAUGAGUGACAGCACCACCAUCCACUCCUGAUCAUGAUCGCAACCGGUGGGCUACUGCGCAUCUCAUCCAGAAGACAGGAUUCGCUGCGAUCUAAAAACCGAGCUGAGAACAAGCGGAAGAGGAAAGCAAGGAAGAAGAGGAAGAAUGAUGUGGUGGUUGUGAAGGGUAAACUAAAGCUCUGUUCCAUCUCGGGUCUGGUGGCUGCAGUAGGCGUAGUUAUCAUGUUGGUGGGCGUGGCCAUGGCUGUGCUAGGAUACUGGCCCAAAGACAGUGUAGCCUAUCCCGAGGUGGGUUUACCCCAUGCACUUCCCAAUCGUCACAUCGGCACUGACAGAGAACUGCCUGAACGGAGCAAUUGGACAGGCAGCAGCAAGACUGGCUACCACACAGACACAGGCUUCAACAAUUACAGCCACGCUAACGGCACUAUAGCAGAGGCUGAGCCACCUUUAGGCUUCUUUGCAGAGUUCCUGGCCAGAUACCUGUAUUCGGACAAGCUGAAGGUGUUGGGCCCUCUAAUCAUGGGAAUUGGGAUCUUCCUCUUUAUCUGUGCCAAUGCAGUGUUGCAUGAGAACAGGGACAAAAAGACUAAAAUCAUCAACCUUAGGGACAUUUAUUCCACAGUCAUCGACAUCCACAGCUUACGGACCAAAGAUUGCACGCCACUCAACGGUUUUGUGAACUAUGUGCAGUCUAGGAGCAUCGACGGCAAGCCAGGUUCCUCCUACGGCCCCACCAUGCUGGCUAGGAGUUCAUGGCCCUCCACCAUUUCUGGCAGGGAGCAGGAGAAAGGGGACGGCAGCAGGUCAAGGCAGCGGUCCUUUACACGGCAGCAGAGCUUGUCAUCUCACGGCAGGCAAACUUUCACUGACACCGUGUACAGCAUAUACAGGGACCAGCACCAGAGCAGUGAGCAGGCGCCUGUGCCCAAGCGCUGGGAGACGCGCUCCAUCGUCACCUCUUCCGUAAACGCAUUCACUCUUCCUGUGAUCAAGCUGAACAACUGUGCCCUGGAUGAGUGCAAGCGCCCAGAGCGAGGCAAAGUGGAGGGAGACUCUGAAAGCCAGGCCACUGCUUCUGCGGAAACCAAAGGCACCCAAGACCGCCCGUGGGGAGCGCCGCAAGCUUCCCGGCAGGACUCACGUGUGCAACUCCUCCCCCCGUCGCCCAGCCGGAGGGCAAUGGGCUCUCACCUGUCCCUCAGCGCCCUCGCGGAUUACUCCACAUCCGUCGAGCUGGGCGUCUCCUCGGCGGCAGCAGGGGACGGGCGAGGCGAGAGGACCCGGCGCCUCAGCUGUCCCCGCCUCGAGCGCUCCAGUAGCAAGGGCUACAUCAAACUGGGGGACCUGGGUGGGGAGUCCUUUGAGUCAGCAGACGUGGUGGGGGAGGGGCCUGCUCAGGGACAAGAGCGCCCCUCCCCGAACCCCCUGGAGGAGAGCCACCUCAUGGGCCCUCAGAGAGCAGCACCAGAGCAAUAUUCCAGCAAGGAAAAGCUCCUCCAGCUUGCCCAGUCACAGGGAGCCACAGCCGACAGCCAAGUGCAGGCCAGUGGUAUUUGAAGUGUCUCCUGACAGCCUUUACUUGCACAAGUUUUCAAAGGGUAGCAGGUCAGGGAAUUGCAAACAGCAGCGUGUGAAUGAUUCAUGAAGACAUUCACUGAAAGUGUAAAUGGAGACGGUGUCUAAAUCCUCAAGAAAUGUUUGCAGGUCGAAGCCUAAUGACAUGCCGUUAAUUCUUAUUAGGCAUUUACAUAUGCAGUUUGCAGCUUGCAGGUCAGCGCUGGUCAGUAGCGCUGCUGGUCUUUAGCGCUGCUGAAGGUACAGUAUGUUGAUUGGCAGAUUGAGUUCCCGCCCCAAAGACUGAGAAUGUGUACAAUGUCGAUAAAUGCAGGUGACUUAAAGCAAAAACACUUAGAAAGAGAAAAUACAAAGUGUCGUACUGUUACGUUGUGAUACAGUAAUAUGUCUCCUUAGAUUAUAAAUUAGAAAUGUAGUAUCUAAUUAUGUAUCACUUCAGGGGUUGAUGCAAUCAAAGUACUCAGAAUUAACGGAGCUGGUAACAUCAGUAAUUUGUUAAAUGCAGUAUUACGUUUUGUCAUGUUAUUUUAAGCACUUCAAUUGAAUUGACUCCUCAGUCCUUACGUGAUCUGCUGUGUCGACAAAUGUGUUACUUCUUUUCUUUCAGGGUGUCAUAAAUGUUUAUUUUUACUGACACCACUGCUAGUUUGAAACCAAAUUUAGCAAUACCAUCUGUUACAAGUUUUUCACUGCUUGUGUGAUAAAAGCCAACUUGUGUAUUUGUCUCACCAGAGAGAUAGAGGUUAAAUUAUCCGUUAUUUCCCUCUUCUUCUUCUGUUGCCUGGCUUGCUUAUCUAGAAAUAUAUCCAUAUAACAGCAUUUUGGCUGGAAUGUAAUCUAAAAUGUUGACAUACCAGGCAAAGACAUAAGCUGGGUUUUUUCAGGUGUUUUGAGGUUUUAAUUUAUUCCCAGCUCUCAGUCUAAAUGUUAAUGUGUAAGAAAAAGUGUGUAGUUCUCUGUGGAUCUGAAAUUGCCCUGAGGGACAGACAUCUUCAAAACCAUUUAUUUAAAACUAAAAUUUGGCAGAAUUUCUUAAUCCUAAUGAUUGUUGCUGUUGUUAAAAUGACAUGCAAACUAACUCUGAUUAACAGAACAAGUUCCUUUUUUGGCUUUCUAAGCAUCUGAACAAGUAUUCAUUAAAGACACGUGCUAAAUUCAAAUUAAUCCAGAGUAUUUGUUUUAAAUGGCACAGUAAAUCUGCUUUUCAGUCCUUUUACCAGUUCCACAAAGGAGAAUGUAAAGUGAAAGUUGAAGAUGAGCUGGUACAAUCCAGGUUUCAGCCGGGGAACACAAACCACAUGUUUGUUUCCAACAGCAAUAUUAACCCUUUCCCUGCUAGAUGAUCCCUACUAGGAUUCUGCUGAAGUUAAGAACAAGGUGUAUUGGAAGGAAGAAAGAUUUCUUCCAUUACCUUAGAUUAUGUCCUCCAUCCAAGAAUGCUGAUAAUAGAAAUGAGCAAUGCUACAUUGUAAUUCAAGUAGAGAUGGGGCUUUUUGUGCUUUUUUGCCUACCACAUGCCUAUAAUGGAGGUGAAUUACACUUGUAAUAAAGUAAAUGGUUACACA